AUGGCUUCCAAGGCCAUGUGGGAGGUCGAUCCCGAGACCCGGUCCAAGUUGGCUGCUCUGCAAAAGGAAUCCAAGAACAAUGUCUGCUGCGACUGCAAUGCCCCGUCGCCACAGUGGGCGUCGCCCAAGUUCGGCAUCUUCAUCUGCUUGACGUGCGCCGGCGUCCACCGCGGGCUCGGCGUCCACAUCUCCUUUGUCCGAAGCAUAUCCAUGGACGCCUUCAAGGCCAACGAGAUUGAGCGCAUGCGCCUGGGCGGCAACGAGGGCUGGAGGAAGUUUUUCGAGGAGCACGAGGACACCAAGAUGAGGGGACUCACCUGGGACGAUGCCACCAUUGCCGAGCGGUACAGCGGCGAGGUUGGCGAGGAGUGGAAGGAGAGGCUGUCAUGCAAGGUCGAGGGACGGGAGUACGUUCCCGGCGAGAAGAGGCCCGUCACCACACAGUCGACUCCCGCCGCUGCAAAGCCGUCUACCCCCCUCGGCGGCUCCGCAAAUCGAAGCCAGAGCCCCCAGCAAGGCGGAAAGGUCAAGGUGGACGACAAGUAUUUCGCCAAGCUAGGAGCGGACAAUGCCUCACGGCCCGAUGGCCUGCCUCCCAGUCAAGGCGGAAAGUAUGCCGGCUUCGGAAACAUGCCUACUCCUGCCCAGUCCAGCCAGGGAGGUAUACCAGGGUUUGACGAUUUGCAAAAGGACCCAAUGGGCGCCAUCACCAAAGGGUUUGGCUGGUUUGCCUCCACCGUGUCCAAGACUGCUAAGACGGUGAAUGAUGGAUACAUUCAGCCAACCGCGAAGAGCAUUGCCGACGGUGAGUUUGCCAAGCAGGCCCAGUUGACGGCCGCCCAGCUUGCCAAACAGGCACAGCUUGCCGGCAAGAACGCACAAGAGGGCUUCACCAGAUUUGUCGAAGGCCCCGAAUCUACCAAGCGAAACGCACCUCUGGAUGCUAGCCGCAAGGACUUUUGGGAUGACUUCUCCAGCUUGGCUGAGCAGCAGAAACCGAACAAUGCCAUCGGCACAAGUGCUAUAGGCAUGGGCAAGAAGACAGCCCCGGGAGCCCCAGCCCAGAAGCCCAAGGCUGGCGACGAGUGGGAUGAUUGGUAA